CCUAAAUAUUAGAUUCGGAUUAAUAGUUUCUGUAUUUUCUAUAGUAUUUUAUCAGCAAUAAUCUUUACAAGAUGUUCGGCUUUGGAGGUUGCGGUGGAUUCGGUGGAAGCCAAGGCUUCGGUGGUCAUCAGGGCUUCGGCGGAGGCUUUGGCGGCCAGAACUUUGGAGGCUUCAGCCAAGGCAUGCAAGGAGGUAUGCAAGGUGGAUUCAGGCCCUCGAUGCCGGGCCAAGGCGGGUUCGGCGGAGGACAGCAAUUCAGUAGUGGCGGAUUUAGUGGCAACCAAGGUUUCGGCAGCAAUAUGCAAGGCAUGCAGAACGGCAUGCAAGCAUCACGCCAGGGUCAGGGUCAAGCCCAGGGCCAGAGCGGCUACAGCAGUCAGCAAGGAGGCUACGGCGGCCAACCCGGGUACGGCGGCGGCUACCAAGGCGGAUACGGUCAAUAGUCCAGUACUGUCCAUUGUGCAUAGCUUUACUAUAAGUGUAACAAGUUUGUGAGUAAAAGUCAGCGUUAUCGUAUUGUUUUGUAAUAAAACGUUAGUUGAGUUAAA